AUGGCCAUUCGUCAGCCGCGUGGCGAUUCGCAUUAUAAUUUAUUGUCGAAAGAGGCGAGGAUUAAAUUCACAUUUUGUGUGGCAGUAGUAAUAUCUCUUGCGGUCACUUUCGCUGGAAUCAAUGCAUUGCGGUCGUCCGCAUCCUGGGCCGCACAUGGCGCUGAGGAGGUUUUUCACUCUAACAAACCCGACGGUCAAACCAUUUGCCGUGAUGUCAAGCACGCUAGCAACCAAUGCGACUUCGUGAAACAAUUUUGCCAGUCCGACGAUGAUGGCUUGAUUUCCUACUUUGGUCUUUACUAUUGUUCCCUGCAAAAUUAUCAAGUUGCCUCAUGGCUCCUCAUCACAACGUGGUCGAUAUUUCUCUUUCUGACUAUAGGCAUCUGUGCUGGAGAUUUCUUUACGGUCAAUUUGAGCUGCAUUUCCCGCCAAUUGAACUUGAGCGACACAUUUGCAGGCGUCACAUUUCUUGCUGUGGGCAACAGCGGCGCGGACAUUUUCUCGACAUGGGCUGCAAUGACGUCCGAUAAUCCUGAGAUGGCAAUAGGCGAGCUGGUCGGUUCGGCGAGCUUCAUUACUACCGUUACCGCUGGUUCAAUCGCUUUCAUGGCACCGUUUACGGUGCGCAAAGUGUCACUGGUACGUGAUGCGGUCUUUCUUCUCGUGACUGUGAGCUUCGCCCUAGUUUUGCUGUCCAACCAAGAAUUCCAUUUAUGGGAAGGAGUUUUGAUGAUAGUGUUGUACGUUGUUUACAUGACUGGCGUAAUGGGUUAUCAUUGGUGGACGUCACACAAUUCAGGCAUCAGCGUCACAGGACACUCGGAGAGCCGCAGGCCAGAUGAGGAGCGGCAAAUUCAUAAUGGGGCAGCCAGUGAACGUCAGCCACUCAUCCAUGGUGUUUCCGAGCAGUCUGAUAUUGAACACCAGUCUGUGCGAAACCCGUCAGACUCAUCGAACCUAUCGACCAGGAACCCUUACAUGGAAAUAGGCCGCUGGAGAAAUCGGCAUGGUAACUGUGUCGUGACCGAAUGUGGCUACAUUAUGCAGCCAAGCCUAGUGGGAUCACUUGAAUACACAUGGCAUCGAAGGCUUGCUGAUCGCAGUCAAAGACCCGGGGAGACCAGCCUUCCAGAGGACAGUUAUGGACGAGGGCAAUCCCAGGAGAGCAGACACCCCGCCUGGCCAGCCCUAGAAGGCGACUGUAUUGGGCCAGAGGCUCAGCAUACUACUCUAACUGCUAAAGUUGCAAGCACAUUGUUCCCAUCUCUCCAGAGGCUACGUACAAGGAGAUCUUGGCAUGCUGUCUUCAACCUCAUCAGCGCUAUUCCUUUUUUCCUGUUGAGAAUCACCGUUCCUCUCGUCGACGAUGCGCAUGGAGAACACAGCGACGAAUGUGGGCACGGAUGGGAUAGAUGGCUGCUCAUAUUACAAGUUUUUGCUGCCACCCAGCUGGUUUGGACCAUUUACUGGUUAAGCAGUGAUGAGCCCGUGCAAAACCAUCAUUGGGGUGUUUGCGCGCUCUAUCUCCUCGCAGGGAGCGUGGUGCUGUGCGUUGCAAUACUGAUCAGCAGCAACUCGAGAUCGCAGCCUAAGUGGUACAAGGUCAUAAGUGUUGCUGGCUUUGUUAUGAGCACCUUCUGGCUAUCAAUAAUCGCGGACGAAGUCGUAUCUAUUUUGAAAGCCGCCGGGACAUUUAUGGGUAUCUCCCAGGCCAUCCUUGGCUUUACGGUUUUUGCGCUUGGUAAUUCGGUGGAUGAUUUCGUCGCAAAUAUCAGUGUGGCUCGGCAUGGCCACCCAAUCAUGGGCCUGUCGGCCUGCUUCGGUGGUCCGCUAUUAAGCAUUUUGCUAGGCCUUGGACCCAGCAUAAUUUUUGUAACGUGUCGCGAUGCCAAACGGACGGGGACAUUAAGACCGAUCUCCGUCCGAGUCGUUAAAGCACUGAUCAUUUCGAGCGCUGUUCUUGCUGCGACGAUGCUCUUUCUGAUCGGCACACUGAGGUUAAAUCAAUGGCGGAUGACCAAGACAAUAGGGUCAAUACUCGUGGCUACUUGGAUAGUUCUUACGGCUGUGAACCUUAUACUAGAGUUAGUGUAA